AUGGCAGACAACACAGAUACCCAAAGCCACACAGAGGUCGACCUCGAAAGCCUCGAGAAACACCAGGUUCCACAAGACGCCAUCGACAAAAACGACGACCUGCAAAAGUCCGAAGAAGCGCAACCUCCUGCUGCUGCCGCACCUCCAGAAGCACCGGAAGGUGGCACAAAGGCCUGGUUAUCUGUUCUCGGAGCUUCCGCCGCUUUGUUCACAUCCUUUGGCUGGACGAAUUGUAUUGGCUUGUUUCAGGAUGAGUAUCAAUCGAAUCAGCUGAAGGAGUAUUCGAGUUCGACUGUUUCAUGGAUUACGUCGGUGCAAUUUUUCUUCAUGUUGGCCAUGGCUCCUGUGGCAGGCAAGAUAUUCGAUAGCUACGGUCCCCGGGUCCCGCUGUUCGCAGGAUCGGUUGCGCAUGUCUUUGGUCUUAUGAUGACCAGUCUGUGUAAGGACUACUAUCAAUUCUUUCUCAGUCAAUCCGUCGUCUCUGGUAUCGGCGCAAGUUUUAUCUUUACUCCGGCACUCUCAGCUCCACAAACAUACUUCCGCAAACGCCGCGGUGUCGCCGCCGGCCUCAGUGUAGCAGGCUCUUCUCUCGGAGGCGUCAUCUUCCCCCUGAUGGUGCAACACCUCCUGCCCCAAGUCGGCUUCGGCUGGACAAUGCGAAUUUGCGCAUUCCUGAUCCUGGGCAUGCUCGUCAUCGCGAAUACAUGUAUCAGCUCGGCUCUGCCACAUAAACCUCGCCCCUUUCACAUUAUGCAAUACAUUGCGCCGUUGAAAGACUUCAACUUUUUGGUGUUGUGUGCUUCAGAAUUCUUUAUGUUCUUGGCGAUGCUCAUCCCCUUCAAUUAUAUUGUCACUGAUGCCAUCAGAUAUGGCAUGAGCACGUACUUGGCUUGGGGCCUUGUCCCGAUUUUGAACGGUGCUAGUCUCAUCGGCCGAACCCUUCCCAACUACAUCGCCGACAAAUCCGGCCGCUUCAACGUCAUGACCAUUAUGUCCGGUCUCUCCGCCAUCCUGGUCCUCGCCCUCUGGCUCCCCGGCCACAACAACGCCGCGCUAAUCUGUUUCGCCGCCUUUUUCGGCUUCAGUUCUGGCGGUGUAAUCGGUUUGGGACCCAGUCUGAUUGCUACCAUCUCACCCAUGCACGAGAUCGGAUUUAGGAUGGGUGUGUUUAUGGCUUUUACGUCGAUUGGUGCGUUGAUUGGAGCGCCCGUGGCUGGAGCGAUACUGGCGGCGGAUAAUGGGAGUUAUACGUUUGUUGCGGUGUUUUCGGGAGUGUGUUUUGCGAUUGCGACGACGGGGAUGGCGUUUUUGAGGGUGAGGUUGGUGGGUGUCAGUUUGACGGCCAAGAUCUAG